CCCCCUUCUCUCUCCCAACCUCUUUCUCUCUCUCUCUCUCAGAACAGAAACAUCGUUUUAAGAACGACGUGGAAAUUCAAUCAUGAAGACUGUUACUCCACAUCACAGCCACCACUUAAACGCAACCUCCCUCUAUAUAUACUCUUUCACUCCCAUUCUCUCCAUCACAUUCACACUCACAUUACUCCCCUCACAAUAUGGCUCAAAACUCACUUGCAAACCUCUCAUUUCUCUUCACUCUCCUCCUCCUUUCUCUCUCCGCCCUUACCGGAGAAUCGCGGCCGCCGUUUGCAUGCGACCCAAGUAAUGGAAAGACCAGAAAGUUACCCUUCUGUAGAGUCUCCCUCCAUAUCAAAGAUAGGGUUACGGACUUGAUCGGACGGCUGACAUUGCAGGAGAAGAUUAGGUUACUAGUUAAUAAUGCUGCUCCGGUCGAAAGGUUGGGCAUCAAAGGGUAUGAGUGGUGGUCGGAGGCUUUGCAUGGUGUGUCCAAUGUGGGCCCCGGUACGAAGUUUGGAGGGGACUUCCCCGGAGCCACCAGCUUCCCUCAAGUCAUCACCACCGCUGCUUCGUUCAAUGCAUCGUUGUGGGAAGAAAUCGGACGGGUAGUGUCCGAUGAAGCAAGAGCAAUGUACAAUGGAGGAAUGGCCGGUCUAACAUAUUGGAGUCCAAAUGUUAACAUAUUCAGAGACCCAAGGUGGGGGAGAGGCCAAGAAACUCCCGGCGAGGACCCGGUUUUGGCCGCUAAGUACGCGGCCCGCUACGUCCGGGGACUUCAGGGGAACACAGCAGAGAACCGAUUGAAGGUUGCUGCUUGCUGCAAACAUUACAGUGCCUAUGAUCUUGAUAACUGGAACGGCAUCGAUCGCUUCCAUUUCAAUGCCAGGGUUAGCAAGCAGGACUUGGCGGACACAUAUGAUGUGCCAUUCAAGGCCUGUGUGGUUGAAGGCAAAGUUGCGAGUGUUAUGUGCUCGUACAAUCAGGUUAAUGGCAAGCCCACUUGUGCUGACCAUGAUCGCCUUCGCGGCACAAUCAGAGGCCAGUGGCACCUUAAUGGAUACAUUGUGUCGGAUUGCGACUCUGUUGGGGUUCUAUAUGACAACCAACACUACACUACCACACCUGAGGAUGCAGCUGCUGCCACCAUCAAAGCAGGUUUGGAUUUGGACUGUGGGCCAUUCUUAGCCAUCCACACAGAGGCAGCGAUACGAACAGGUAAACUAAGCGAAGCCGACGUUAAUGGAGCCCUAGCUAAUACGCUUUCGGUCCAAAUGCGUCUGGGUAUGUUUGACGGUGAGCCCAAGAGACAGCCCUUUGGAAACUUGGGCCCAAGGGACGUGUGCACUCCGGCCCAUCAACAGCUGGCCCUUGAGGCGGCCCGACAAGGCAUUGUUCUGCUUCAAAACCGUGGUGGGUCGUUACCGCUAUCCACUCGCCGUCACCGGACGGUAGCCGUCAUUGGGCCCAAUUCUGAUGUUACAGUCACCAUGAUCGGCAACUAUGCUGGGGUUGCAUGCGGGUACACUACUCCACUACAAGGUAUAUCAAGAUACGUGAGAACAAUUCAUCAACCAGGGUGCGGUGGUGUUGCUUGCCGUGGGAACCACCAGUUUGGGGCUGCCGAGGCCACUGCUAGACAGGCAGACGCAACUGUACUGGUGGUGGGGCUGGAUCAAUCGAUCGAAGCAGAAGCCAGAGACAGGGGCGGGCUCCUCCUGCCGGGACAACAGCAGGAGCUCGUAUCUAGGGUGGCCAUGGCUUCUAGAGGCCCUACUGUGUUGGUGGUGAUGUCUGGUGGUCCUAUUGAUCUUUCAUUUGCUAAGAAUGAUCCCAAGAUUGCAGCCAUUUUGUGGGUUGGUUACCCUGGUCAAGCAGGUGGAACUGCUAUUGCUGAUGUUCUAUUUGGAACAACCAAUCCAGGAGGAAAGCUGCCUAUGACAUGGUAUCCGCAGGACUACGUGGCUAAGGUGCCAAUGACUGAUAUGAACAUGAGAGCAGACCCAUCAAGAGGCUAUCCGGGUCGAACCUACCGUUUCUAUAAGGGUUCUGUUGUCUUCCCAUUUGGGCAUGGGCUUAGUUACACCACCUUUGCACACUCUCUAGUCCAUGCCCCAGCUGCAGUUUCUGUCCCUCUAGCAAACCUCAAUGCCUUCCAAAACUCAACCAUAUUCAACAAUGGAGUGAGGAUCACACGAACCAACUGUGAGAAACUCAACCUAGGAGUACAUGUUGAUGUGAAAAACACUGGCGACGUGGACGGAACACAGACACUGCUCGUGUUCUCAACCCCACCUGCCGGAAAAUGGGCUCCUCACAAACAAUUGAUAGGGUUUGAGAAAGUUCAUGUGGUGACAGGGGCUCAACAGAGGGUUAUGAUUGACAUUGAUGUGUGCAAGCAUCUAAGCGUGGUGGACCAGUUUGGAAUUCGAAGAAUUCCAAUGGGUGAACAUACUUUUCAUGUUGGUGAUCUAAAGCAUUCAAUCUCUCUCCAAGCAGCUUUAGAAGAGAUCAAGUCUUAAUAAUUUCAGAGAUUGAUCAUUAUACCAUAUUGGGUCAAGAAUAAGUGUUACUUUCUUCUUUCCAACAGCAAUUGUAAAUAACCAAUUGGGUCUUAGCCCAGUUGGUCACCUGAUUCUCCCACAAAUAGGAGGUUAGGACAUCCAUCCUUACCAUUGUCUGUCUUUGGGUGUGUUCUUUGUACGUAAUAAAGCUGUGUUUUAUUUACUCUGCAGGUAUUGCAGGUAUAUUGUGAAACAUUGUAAUAUUGAUACGUCUUUGCAAAUAUAUAUAUAAAACAGCAAUUGUAAAUGAUUACGUAGCAC